AUGUCUGAUUGCAAAUACAUGCUCCCACCAAUCGAAUCCCUCAUGCCAGCAAUGGGUAACUUCCAGCCAUUCAUCAUCAUCCCACAGCAGCCAGUCCAUUCAGAUCCGGUUGAAGUUCCAAAGACUUCAAAGAAGAUGAAAUUUACACCAGAAGAAGAUAAAAGACUUUGCUCUCUCAUCAGACAGUACGGUUCCAAUGAUUGGAUCCACAUCUCUGAGAUGAUGAAGACAAGAAACCCAAGACAAUGCAGAGAAAGAUGGAACAAUUAUCUUAAUCCAAACUUAAGAGACGAUCCAUGGACAAUUGAAGAAGACAAGCUCCUCAUCGCUAAGUACAGACAGUUCGGAACACACUGGUCUAAGAUUUCAAAAUUCUUCGCACACAGAUCAGACAACGCCAUCAGAAACAGAUGGCAGAUGCUUCUUAGACAAUCUGAACGCCGUUAUCUGAGCUCAUCCUCUUCUUCAAUGUCUGAUGCAUAA